CCCAGCGCUCGGCCCCCGGUGCCCGGGAAGGCUGGGCGGGCGGCCGGGCCCCGGCAGGCGGCGGGAAGGAGCGCGACUGCGGGCCAUGGCGGCGCCCGACGUGCUGCUGGUGAUGGGCGUGAGCGGCUCGGGGAAAUCGACCGUGGGCGCCCUGCUGGCAUCCGAGCUAGGAUGGAAAUUCUAUGAUGCGGACGACUAUCACCCAGAGGAAAAUCGAACGAAGAUGGGAAAAGGGAUCCCACUGAAUGACCAGGACAGGAUUCCAUGGCUCUGCAACUUACAUGACAUUUUACUAAGAGAUGUAGCCUCCGGACAGCAUGUGGUUCUAGCCUGUUCAGGUCUGAAGAAAAUGUACAGAGACAUCUUAAUACGAGGAAAAGAUGACACACCUCUGAAGUCUGAUGGGACAGGGAAGGACAAACAGCCAGCUGAGGUGAAGCUCCUCGUGGUCCAUCUGAAUGGGUCUUUUGAGGUCAUCUCUGGACGCUUACUCAAAAGAAAAGGACAUUUCAUGCCUCCUGAAUUACUGCAGUCCCAGUUUGAUACUCUGGAGCCCCCAUCAGCUCCAGAAAAUUUCAUUCAAAUCAGUGUGGACAAAAAUCUUUCAGAGAUAAUUGCUACAAUCAUGGACACUCUAAGAUAAAAGGAGAACAGUUUUAGAUUGGCAGUCUAGAACAAUCAGGAAACCUUUAUUCCAUCCCAAACUAUGUUCUGGUGUCUUUGCCAAUACUGUAUUCUAAAUUCCUAAGGUGAACAAAUCAUAGUGUACUGAGAUACACUUUUUGGGGUAUAUUUUUAGGAAUUUGUGCUCUGACACACUGAGAGGAAACGGCAGGGAACUCUGAAAGUAAAGCUUCAGUAGAAAUUCAAAUUCCUAUGACCUAAUCAAACGAUCAGAGGGAACCCCGUAAUCGAUGCUGUAAAUCACCACCUUAUUUAGAACAUUUCUUGAUCAUACCUAUAUUUGAACAAAUAAAUCAAACUUGGCUAUCCUUGGUAUCCCCUAGAAAUUGGUCCCAGGAGCAGAAACGUGUACAUAAUCGACCACUCACCACCAAGUCAUGUCACACCACACACUUCUAAUCCUCUCCUCUCUCCUUGGAUUAUCUCAAGGUAAAUAAAUUAAAAGCACAGUGGAUGAAGCAUGAGACUCACUGACCAGCCGUCCCCACUCAUUUUGCAGAGACCCUUGUGAGACCAGGCUGGUGUCAGCCACCUGCCUUCCUGCUGCAAAAGCCAUCAGCAACAGAUCCUAGGACAAAGAAGGAACACCACAGCUGUUACAGCCCAGACAUGAAAUGAACCUUUCACAUGGGCAGCAAUGUGCCAGGGGCAAUGGGACUAGGGGAGGCUGUGUAGGACGUUGGGAGGCACGGGUGCAUGCCAGUCUACUCAGCACAGGCUGGGUUUCAGCCCUUCCCCCAGAGGCUCCAGAAAGAAGUUUCUUUGUCUCUUUAUCAUAACCAAGGCCACAGAAUGCAGCUACUCUGCAGGGCCACCGAAUAGCCCUGCCAUAAAAGUGAAUUUUGGAACCAAUAACCUGUUUUUCUCCAAGGGCAUGCAGUUUGUCUUGAGAACCAGAAAUAGAAUAUCUGUCGGGGGUGCCAGGGAGUGAAAGAACCCUUCUGGGUAGACAGACCUUGCUUAAGAAAACUGAAGUUUAAGCCUCAGGUUUUCCUCUCUGCCAGGUGACUAGAGAGGCAGCUCCUGCCUGGCUUCAGUCUCUGUCAACCGUCACUGCUCAGCAUCUGAGCUCUCCAGUAGGCCAGUCAACAUACUCAGGCAGGCCGAGAGUCCCCCCAACAUAGAGGAAGGACUCGGUGAUUGUCCACUGCACUCAGUGAGUCUGGAUUGAGUACUGUGAUGGGCACUCUGCAGGGUCUAAGGACCUACAGGGUAACACAAAGCUCUGGUUCUCAGCUGGCUUCCAUUGGGGUGGAAAGAUGGGGUAUCUCAUAGCCUCUGGCCCAGGCCAGAGUUCUCGGUGAAAGCAGCUACUCCCAAAAAGGAAUUGAUUUUCAUCCUGCUGGACUGUCACGUAGGACCUAGUGAAAAAGCCUGUUUAUGAUUACAGGAACACAGAAUCUAUCAUAUCCCUCAAUAAAAAUGUUUUUUUGCAGUUGUACCAUACAAUGAAGUUUCUGAGAAUAC